AUGGUUAAAACACGAUCUUCAGCGAGGGUAGGAAGCGCGGCCACCAGUGCGCCCGCCGAAAAUGGAACUUCUUCCGAACUUAGAUCGCGGCUCAAAACCACUGAGAACGGUCACCGCUCCCAAAGGCCCUACAAUCAAAUUAGGAACAAUCAAGCGCUGCCCUCGGGGAGCGUGGGGCCGGGCAGCGGGUCGCAGGGGAAGGACCCCCUGGCGCCCGCGCUGCCUGGCCGCUCCCUCUAUCAACACCCCACUGUUAGCGGGUACAACACACAAGACUCACGCGGGCAAGCCAUGCCUGUCACGCGGACGUUGCAGGCACGGCAGAAUCCCAUAUACCCUAGCAGCAUGUACCACGGGUACGGCGCUAGCGCGGCGGGCACGCUCGCUCCGAUGCCGUCACCGUCGCCCACCGCGCCACUAGCGCCCUUCCCGGUACAUCCAGACGUUAAGUUUAGGAAACUUCCCUUCUACGACGUGCUAGCAGAACUGAUGAAGCCAUCGACAAUGAUGCCCAUGCAAGCAGGUCGCAUGCAAGAAGGUACCUACGUGUUCCACCUCACACCUCAACAAGCCACGGAAAUAGCUUCAGGGAAAGAUCUCGUCGGAACUAGCAACAAACUUGAUUAUGUCAUACAGGCACAACUUCGGUUUUGUCUUCUAGAAACCUCGUGCGAACAAGAGGACCAUUUCCCGCCUAGCGUUAAUGUUAAAGUUAACAACAAAAUGUGUCCACUACCUAACCCAAUACCUACAAAUAAGCCCACGCCAGAACCAAAGCGGCCGCCGCGACCUGUGAACAUAUCUUCUCUAGUGAAGCUAUCGCCCACUGUCGCGAACACUAUACAAGUGACGUGGGCCGCGGACUUCACGCGAGCUUACGUGCUCAGCGUGUUCAUGGUGCGCAAACUGACUUCAGCCGAGCUGCUCCAGCGACUCAAGAAUAAAGGCACCAAAAAUCCUGACUACACGAGGUCACUUAUAAAAGAGAAGUUGUCGGAGGACUACGACAGUGAGAUCGCGACGACUUCGUUGCGAGUGUCGCUGAUGUGUCCCCUGGGCAAGAUGCGCAUGGCGUGUCCGUGCCGGCCCGCCAACUGCCCGCACCUGCAGUGCUUCGACGCCUCACUGUUCCUACAGAUGAACGAACGGAAGCCAACCUGGCUGUGUCCAGUCUGUGACCGACCUGCGCCUUACGACUCUCUUGUAGUAGACGGGUACUUCCAAGAGGUGCUGACGUCCCCGCGGCUGUCGAGCGAGUGCAACGAGAUCCAGCUGCACGCCGACGGCAGCUGGUCGGCGCACGCGCCGCCGCCGCGCGCGCCGCUACUGCAGCAACCCGCCGCCGAACCCGUCACUCUCAUCUCGGACGACCUCGAAGUGAUUCCUGUGGACAGCGGUGUAGGCGCUGCUAAACGUGCCGCCGUAGGCGAAACUCGUGCACCACGCUCUGCAGACGUGAUGGUGGACCUUACAUCAGACUCUGAUGAUGAACUGCCUCUCAAACGAAAGAUACCACCACCGAAAGCCACGCCACCAGUUUCCGAAGCCAAUAUUAAGAGUGACGACAACUAUUCAUCAAGUGCAGCGGAAGCAGUAUCGUCGAGUGGGUAUCGAUCACCCGGCGUGGCAGGCGGUGCGUGUGGUGUGAUAUCACUGGACAGUCCGUCCCCGCCGGCGCCAGGGUCCCCGCCAUCGUCCCCGCGCGACACGGAGGCCCUACCGGAGCGUCCACACCUGUCCAUCACACCGGUGGCGCCCCCUACCAGCAACUCUUCACAACACCAUAUAGUUCCUCACGACGUCAUGACGGAUGGCCCGCACCUCUCUAUCACUCCCGUCACUUCAGCGGCUCCCACACAUCAUAUUGGUUCGAGCACGAAUGCGGAGCGUGACGACGCGGAGGCGACGCCGGCGCACUGGGCACCUUACGCUGACUCUGAAAGAGAUGAUAAUUAUAGGAAGUAA